GGAGAUCUGGACUCGGGGCGGGGUUCUGGGGGUGAUCCUGGCCUCGGUGGCCCUGGGCUGGCGGGGUCUGCGCCGCCUGGACUCCGCAGGAGCUGCCUCCGCCCCCGGAUGGGCUGGAGGGUGGGCGGAGUCAUCUGGAGCCCGCGCGGGUUGUGCCCGCAGCCCGUCUCGGCGCCGGUAGUCCCCGGUCGCAGAGUGCGACGCUCCCCCGGAGCUGUGGCUUCCAGGUCUGGGGUCCUGAGGCCCCUGGCAGACUAUGGGUACAACGGCAAGCACAGCACAGCAGACAGUCUCGGCUGGCACGUCCUUGGAGGGCCUGCAGGGCGGCAGCAGCAGCAGCAUGGACAGCCAGCACUCUCUUGGUGGCGUGCAGUCCUUCCGUGCCACACGUUUACACAACAACAAGGCCAAGUCCAUCAUCCCCAACAAGGUGGCCCCUGUUGUGAUCACGUACAACUGCAAGGAGGAGUUCCAGAUCCAUGAUGAGCUGCUCAAGGCCCAUUACAGGAUGGGCCGGCUAUCAGAUGCCACCCCCGAGCACUACCUGGUGCAGGGUCGCUAUUUCCUGGUGCGUGACAUCACGGAGAAGAUGGACAUACUGGGCACCUUGGAGAGCUGUGGGGCCCCCAACUUCCGGCAGGUGCGGGGCGGCCUCCCUGUGUUUGGCAUGGGACAGCCCAGCCUCUUGGGGUUCAGGAGGGUCCUGCAGAAACUCCAGACAGAUGGAAUCAAGGAGUGCAUCAUCUUCUGCGUGCGGGAGGAGCCUGUGGUGUUCUUGCACACGGAGGAGGACUUUGUGUCUUACACACCUCGAGACAAGGAGACCCUUCAUGAGAACCUCAGGGACCCUGGGCCGGGGGUCAAGGCUGAAAAUCUGGAGCUGGCCAUCCGGAAAGAGAUCCAUGACUUUGCCCAAUUGAGAGAGAACAUGUACUAUGUGUACCACAACACAGAGGACUUGCGCGGGGAGCCGCACGCGGUGGCCAUCCGAGGUGAGGAUGGCGUGCGUGUGACCGAGGAGGUGUUUAAGCGGCCGCUCUUCCUGCAGCCCACCUACAGAUACCACCGUCUCCCCUUGCCAGAGCAAGGGGCCCCCCUGGAAGCCCAGUUUGAUGCCUUUGUAAGCGUUCUUCGGGAGACCCCCAGCCUUCUGCCACUCAGAGAUAACCACGAGCCUCUCCCUGCCCUCCUGUUCAGCUGCCAGACAGGUGUGGGCAGGACCAACCUAGGCAUGGUCCUGGGUACCCUCGUCCUGUUCCACUGCAGUAGGACCACCUCCCAGCUAGAGGCAGCCUCCCUGUUGGCCAAACCCCUGCCCAUGGAGCAGUUUCAAGUGAUCCAGGGCUUCAUCUGUAAGGUGCCCCAGGGGAAGAAGAUGGUGGAGGAGGUGGAUCGAGCCAUCAUUGCCUGUGCAGAGUUGCAUGACCUGAAGGACGAGGUCCUAAAAAACCAGAGGAAGCUGGAAGGCUUCAGGCCAGACAGCCGGGGACAGGAAUGUGGUAGUCAGCAUGCUGUCCAACAGAGGGCGCUGUGGAGCCUGGAGCUGUACUUCUAUCUGAUCCUGUUUAACUACUAUCUACAUGAGCAGUACCCCCUGGCCUUUGCCCUCAGUUUCAGUCGAUGGCUGUGUACCCAUCCUGAGUUGUACCGUCUGCCGGUGGCGCUGAAUUCAGUGGGGCCCUUGGUCCCUGGGGACCUCAUCGCCAAAGGCUCCCUGGAAGCCGAUGAUCUUGUGUCCCUGGAUGCGCUCAGCACCGUCAGAGAGAUGGACGUAGCCAACUUCCGGCGUGUACCUCGCAUGCCUAUCUACGGCACUGCACAGCCUAGUGCCAAGGCCUUAGGCAAUGUCCUGGCUUACCUGUCUGACGCCAAGAGGAAGCUGCGGCAGGUGGUCUGGAUCAACCUGAGGGAGGAGGUUGUGUUGGAGUGUGACGGUCACACACACAGCCUGUGGCUCCCCGGACCAGCCCUGGCCCCCGAGCAUCUGGAGGCUCUGGAGGCCCAGCUGAAGGCCCACCUGAGUGCAUCUGUCCCCAACACCAAGAGUCCUACCGCUCCCAGGUUCCAGAAGUGCCUGACCACACAGGAGGUCUUCAGCCAGCACCAGGGGGCCUGCCUCGGCCUUACCUACUGCCGUAUUCCUGUGCCAGACUUCUGCGCCCCUCGGGAGGAGGACUUUGACCGGCUGCUUGAGGCCCUGCGAGCUGCUCUCACCAAGGACCCAGGCACAGGCUUUGUCUUCAGUUGCCUCAGUGGCCAGGGCCGGACCACAACUGCCAUGGUGGUAGCCGUGCUGGCCUGCUGGCACAUUGGGGGCUGUCCCGAGGUGUGCGAGGAGGAGCUAGUGAGCGUGCCUGAUGCCAAGUUCACCAAGGGCGAGUUUCAGGUGGUGAUGAAGGUGGUACAGCUGCUGCCUGACGGCCACCACGUGAAGAAGGAGGUGGAUGCGGCAUUGGACACUGUCAGUGAGACCAUGACACCUAUGCACUACCACCUUCGGGAGAUCAUCAUAUCCACCUACCGACAGGCAAAGUCUACCAAAGACGCACAGGAGGCUCAGAGGUUGCAUCUGCGGAGCCUGCAGUACCUGGAGCGCUACAUCUACCUGAUCCUCUUUAAUGCCUACCUUCGCUUGGAGAAGACCAGCUCCUGGCAGAGGCCUUUCAGCACCUGGAUGCGGGAGGUGGCAACCAAAGCUGGCAUCUACGAGAUCCUCAACCAGCUGGGGUUCGCUGAGCUGGAAAGCGUAGAGGAGCAGCCCCUGUCGAGGCUUCGCUACCGCUGGCAGGAGCAUAGCCAAGACCCAGAGCCCUGUGAUGUUGGCGACUUCCUGUAGGCCUUUAGAGACCCAGAGCCCUGUGAUGCUGGGGGACUUCCUGUAGGCCUUCUUCUUGCCCCUUGCUAGGCAGGUUGGGGGACCUGAGGGUCUCAUUGCUUCGAUGGACACUUGCCAGCUUCCUGGUGAGACUUGAGGGGCUCGAGAGCCUUUGGGGAGAGGGUUUUUUUUUGUAGGAUGUACAGAUGGUGCCGCCAUUUUCUGUCAACCUUUGGGGUGCGUAAUGGCCUCUGGCCAGGCCCUAGUGCAUGUACCUCACAGACCAGCUGGCAGACAGUCUUCAGGGAGCUCACUACCCAAACAGCCAGUCACCACCUCUGUCCCCUCUUCACUCUUGGUCAUCAGACUGUCUGGGUGGACAGGAGGCUGGUCGCGUUUGUAUUUUCACUUCCUUCCUCCGACUGGCUUGCUCUUGCCUCUCAAUCUUUCAGCCCAAGCAGCUAGCUGCCUGAGGUAGGUGAGGAGAAUGGCGAGCCAGGCAGGUAGGUCUGUGUGAAAGACAGCUCUGCCUGGCUCCUUCUGGCUCGUGAGUGUCACCGGCCUGGAAGACUAAGGGAAUGGCUCCCCUUCUUUCCUCCCCGUCUUCCCCCAGUUCCUUCCCUAUGUUGGCCCAUGUGCCCAGGGAGACGGAAACAUCAGGGAGACCCUCUUAGUGUGGGGAAGGAAGUCACAGAGACCACUGACGCAGUGAAGAGGCAGGAUCGUGUGUUGGAAGCCUGUUAGCAGGACCAAGGUGACUCUUAGGAGAGGCUCUUGUGGCCACAGGCCGUGGUGGCUUGUCAGACCUUAGAGUCCAGGCCCACCCCUGCCAGGAUCCCUGGGCUGCUUUCUCCAGGACACACCGGGACGCCGCUGCGUUACAAACAGCUUUGUACACACAAUGGGAAGAGGGGCAGAGAGGGCUGUGUCUGGUUGAGUCUCGCUGGGACUGAAAUUUGCCACAAGUAGCGGUUGAAUAUCCGGGAGCCUGGCCACCUGUGUUACCCCUUGAAGGACAGGGAUGAGUCUCUGGUGGGUUGUUGUCCUUCAGGAAGAUGUCACCUGUCACCUGUCACCUGUGCUAUCCGAAGUGGCCAAAGUUGUUUCUAGCCUGGGGAAAGUGGUGACCCUCUUGGCUGAAUUCUUUUGCAAGCUGCCAUUUGCCUGCCCGUGCCUUCUCAGGUUUGCUGGUUUCUGUUUUGUGCAAGUCAGUGCUUUCCAGAAAAGGUCUCGCCAACGAGUCAGAGACCAGAGAGACCCUUCACACUCUUGUGGUUGGCACUGACUUGGAGAUACGCUGGGACCAAUGGCAGAACCUCUGCCUCAGUUUCGCUUUCUGUAAAAUUGGAGAAUAAUACUUGCCUACCUACCUCACAGGGGUGUUGUGAGGAAUCCUUUGUGGUUUUUGGUUUUUGGUUUGUUUUUGUACAGAGCUUUUGAGCAUUAAAACCAGUAUAAACCAGUAUAAGCCAGUAACAUGCUGCUUUGCUGAUUGGUCUUUAGUGGGAGGCAGACAUGGAAGCCAUGACGAUAAAUGUGUCCCCCAGAGUAAGGGUGGAUGCAGGAGAAUGGAAUGUCCUUGUUACCCCUGAUGUUAAGAGGCUGCGGGUGUGGUAGAUGUCACAUCCUCCUU